GUAACGGGAUAAGAUAUGGCAGUAAAACCAACGGUUGCCCUGAGAGCUAUGUUAGUGGGAGGGAUAGCUGCAUUUGCCAAAGUAGCUGGUGCAGUCAAGGCUGCCGGUGGUGCCAAGGUGGGUGCAGCGGCAGCUGCCAUGACAGCAGCAGCAACUGCAGCUGUAGGAACAAGACAAGAUGACGCGAAGAAGUAAACGGAAUGAGUUUUUUCUUUAGAUGUAAUCUGUAAUUUCUGUAGCAUUAGUGUUGGCUGUCCCAGUGCGUCCCGGGAACAGAUUUGCUACAUUUGAUAUGGAAUUUUUGAAUGUAAGGACAAUGUUGAAACACUUGAAAUAAACGAGAUGACUUCUUAAUUAA